GCAGUAGCUGCGCUUUCAGCGGUCUCAGUCACCUGUCUCCACAGGCUGUCCCCGCCCCCUCCGGUGCCUGCGCGCGCAGAGCAUCGGAGGGCGCCGGCGGGAAGGUACGCGGCGGGGUAGAAGCAGAUAAUGGGUAACUGUGUCUUUCAUUAAUCUUCAAUCACCAUGUCUAAGGAGGAGUACGCCAAGGCCGCUGACACUUCAUUUUCCUCUGAUAAACAUGCCCAGCUCAUCUUGGCCCAGAUGAACAAAAUGAGAACUGGACAGCAUUUCUGCGAUGUCCAGCUACAGGUGGGGAAGGAAACCUUUCAGGUUCACCGUCUGGUCCUGGCCGCCAGUAGUCCAUACUUUGCAGCUUUGUUCACUGGAGGAAUGAAAGAGUCCUCAAAAGACGUUGUACAGAUUCUAGGAGUUGAAGCUGGAAUCUUUCAGUUACUUCUAGAUUUCAUUUAUACAGGGCUAGUGAGCAUAGCAGUGAGUAACGUCCAGGAGCUCAUGGUUGCAGCAGACAUGCUACAGUUGACCGAAGUUGUUAAUCUUUGCUGUGAUUUUCUGAAAGCACAAAUUGAUCCUCAGAACUGCAUUGGACUCUUCCAGUUCUCUGAGCAAAUUGCCUGCCAUGAUCUUUUGGAAUUUACAGAAAAUUAUAUUCAUGUCCAUUUCUUGGAGGUUCAUAGUGGGGAAGAGUUCCUGGCACUUACAAAAGAUCAGCUGAUCAGAAUUUUACGGAGCGAAGAGCUUAGCAUUGAAGACGAAUACCAAGUCUUCUUAGCUGCAAUGCAGUGGAUUCUGAAAGAUCUGGGAAAGAGAAGGAAACAUGUGGUGGAAGUGUUAGAUCCAGUUCGAUUCCCUUUGUUACCAUCUCAGAGGCUUUUAAAGUACAUAGAAGGAGUAUCUGAUUUUAAUCUUCGAGUUGCACUGCAAACGCUCUUGAAAGAGUACUGUGAGGUCUGCAAGUCUCCCAAAGAGAACAAGUUUUGUAGUUUUCUGCAGACGUCUAAAGCUCGACCUCGGAAGAAAGCAAGAAAAUAUCUGUAUGCAGUAGGUGGAUACACGCGGCUGCAGGGGGGGCGUUGGAGUGACAGCAGAGCCCUCAGUUGUGUAGAGCGUUUCGAUACCUUUAGCCAGUACUGGACCACUGUGUCCUCACUUCAUCAGGCUCGGUGCGGCCUUGGAGUUGCAGUUUUAGGAGGAAUGGUCUAUGCUAUUGGAGGAGAAAAGGAUUCGAUGAUCUUUGACUGUACUGAGUGUUAUGAUCCAGUUACUAAACAAUGGACAACUGUUGCUUCAAUGAAUCACCCCCGCUGUGGAUUGGGAGUGUGUGUGUGCUACGGGGCAAUCUAUGCUUUGGGUGGGUGGGUUGGAGCUGAGAUUGGUGACACCAUUGAACGAUUUGAUCCUGAUGAAAAUAAAUGGGAAGUCGUUGGCAACAUGGCAGUGUCACGCUACUACUUUGGGUGCUGUGAAAUGCAAGGUUUAAUUUAUGCAGUUGGAGGAAUCAGCAAUGAGGGACUAGAGCUCCGUUCCUUUGAGGUUUACGAUCCACUUUCCAAGCGCUGGUCUCCACUUCCUCCUAUGGGAACCAGAAGAGCAUAUCUUGGGGUGGCAGCACUCAAUGACUGCAUUUAUGCUAUUGGAGGGUGGAAUGAGACACAAGACGCCCUUCAUACUGUAGAAAAAUACUCCUUUGAAGAGGAAAAGUGGGUUGAAGUUGCUUCAAUGAAAGUGCCUAGAGCAGGCAUGUGUGUUGUGGCAGUCAAUGGUCUUCUGUAUGUUUCUGGAGGCCGAUCUUCUAGCCAUGAUUUCUUGGCCCCAGGUACUUUGGACUCGGUUGAAGUUUACAACCCUCAUUCAGAUACUUGGACUGAAAUUGGUAAUAUGAUCACUAGUCGUUGUGAAGGGGGUGUUGCUGUAUUGUGACAGCGAAGGCACAGAAGCACAAGGAACAUUUUGAAAAUGUAGGUUCUGACCAUUUGCAAAUCAAACAUGUAUUUGUAAUAUGAUCUUCUGAUUCUUUUGAGUAUUCCAUAUAUUGAAUAGAUGAGUAAAGAAUGAUUUUUUUUAAAUUUGAAUGAGAAUGGAUAUGGAACAUAUCUUAAAUUAAUAAAGUACUCUUACAAUUUUUCAAAACUUAGCAACAAUACAAACCGUAUUUAUGCCUUACAGUUAUUCAGUUCUCAAUAGAAUCCUAAUUGUAAGAAUUGUUUGCUAGAAUCUUCUAGACAAUAGUGUGUUUUGGCUAUUCCUCCAGUGCCACUCAAGUGGAAACAUAGCCUGUAUAUAGUGUAAAGAUGAGACAGUUAAAAUUUUUCUAUAAUUCAUGAUUUGAUCCAGAACAUAAUUUCCCUAAUGUCACGUGACCUACAGAGAAGUCACCGAAGCUGUCCCCCAUUAUUUUAUUGGCAGCAGAAUAUUAGGAAGGGAGAUAGUGAAUAUCUGGGUUUUUUGUUUUGUUUUCUGAGACAGGGUCUCUAUGUAGCUCUGGCUGUUUUGGAACUUUCUAUGUAGACCAGGCUGGCCUCAAACUCAGAGAGAUCUGUCUGUUCCUGCCUCCUGAGUGCUGGGAUAUCUAGAUAUCUAGAUAGGUCUUGCUUUUGAUAGUCUAAGAGAAUAUUUUGCUUUGAUUCUGAGAAUGCAGGUAAGGAAUUAAUAGGUUCUUGGUGAAAGUUUUUUACUUAUUUUUAUUUAUAUGGCUGUGUGUGUACGUGUGUGUCUAUAUGUGGGCCAUGUAUGCGCAGGUGCCUGCUCUGGCCAGAAGAGGGAGGAGUAGCCCCUGGAACUGGAGUUACAGGUGUUUGUAAGCUGCCUGAUGUGGGUGCUGGGAACUGAACGAUUAGGUCCUUAGAAAGGGCUGCAAGUGCUCUUCGCUUUUGAGCCCUCUCUCUAAUCCCCCUUGAUGACAGUUGGUUUUCAGUAUAUGUGUGAGAGUUUUACCUGCAGUUUUGUCUGGAAUCUGGCAUUAAUGAUGGUUGUGAACUGCCAUGUGGGUGCUGGGGCCUUCUGGAAGAGCAGCCAGUGCUCCCAACUGCUGAGCCAUCUUUUAAGUCCAUUAUGACAGUUCUUUAUUGAAGUGGUAUGUAAUGGGUAUAAGGGUCCCACCAGGCAUCAUUUCUUAGAAGUUUCUUUAUUUCCUAGGUAGUUAUCAACUGUUUAGUUUUAGAAAGAGGGACUUUUGUUAAGAUUAUCAAGCUUUGUUUACUUGUCCUUGGGUAAGCGUAUGCAAUAGCUUACUAUACUACUACUGCCUGGUUUGGAAAAAGCUGAAUUGUAGUUACAGCUUUUGCUUGCUUUGUUUUUGAGAUAGCCUUACUUCUACAGCCCAGGUUAACAGUGAACUCUCAACAUUCUAUCUGCUUCAGCCUGCCAAGUGUAUGAGCCACCACACGUGGCUGUAGGUACAGUUUUGAGUAUCCUUAUUCUGAAGUCUGCAAGUUUUUGAAUGGGAACAUCUAAUGCAAAAAAAAA